AUGUUGUCGCCGGUCUCAUUCCGAGUUCGACAACAGCUUGCCUUGAAAAUGGCAGGCAGCAGGGCAGACGUCCCCAACCAAUCCGGGGUUGGAUGUCCUACGAAGGGCGCAGGACUAGCGGCUCGCGGCAAGAUAAGCAGGAUGCCGAGAUCGGACAAUUGUGCUUCUUGGACACUUUCUGAACACCACUGUAUGGCAGAAGAGUCGAAGGAUUCAUUCGAGGGAGUUUACAGGACCGAAGUUCAAGGAAAACGCAUCGUUGGCGAUGGGUUUACGCAUUCAAGAUGGCUGCAUAAACCCCCCCAUACCGUCGCCCAGCAUACCAGCAUUAAGACAACUUCGUCCACUACUUCCAAAACACUCUCAAGAGCAUUCGCCCUUGAGUUUCGCCAACACCUCGUCGUCGUCUUCGGACCUCCAGCAACAGAACUCACAGCCAAUCACGGCCCUCACACCACAACCAUGUCUUCCUCAAUUGAACUCCCCCAGGCAUACGCCCCGACAACUAGCCCUCAACAAGGACUUUACCCUCUCCGCAGUCCACACGAAAUCUGCUCAAACUCCAACCGAAGUUCCCACCCUCAACCACUCCAAACCAAAUCUUCAAAACACACAUCUUCAGAACAUACUCCCAAUAUGUCUGCUUACAACACCAACUUCAUGGGUCAGAGCAACGUUGCCUAUGACGGCACAAUCUCUGACCUCAGCUCGAACGUGUACAGCAGCUUCGUUCCUCAAGGAUCUGACAUGCAGCUGUACGGCGAGCCCGAGAAGCCUCAAAAGCGCGUGUCCUUUGCACCGCUCUCUUCUUACCAGAACAACGCCAACGGCGGAACCGUCUGUAUGCAGCAGAUCGAGAACACACCCUCGUCUGGAACAGAGUGGGCUCCCUUGGCCACUGACAUCCCUGCCUUGAACUUCGACAGUGAUUUCUCGCCCACAUUCACCAACGAGACUUCCGGCUCCACUGAUCCAUCGCCUACGCUCAGUGUCGAGGCACUUGAGUAUGAAGGAGAGUUCUCUAAUCUCUUCCACGGGCUCUCAGACUUCAACUCUGCCGAUCCAUCGCCUGUCAUUCUCGAUGACUUGGCAAUUGAUGAUCAGAACAUGCCCUCUCUCUUCGAGGCCCCCAAGCAAUUCUCUGUAGCUCCUCGCGCAGUCUCUCUCGCAGGCUAUGAAUGUUCACCCGUGUCCGCUGCACUCGCUUCACCCAAGCCUGCUGUACUCGGCGCUGUCUCCUCUGGAGUCCGUAAGAACAAGAGGGCCGCCAAGGUCUUGCCUGAGAUCAACCCCGAUCUCAUCGAAGACCCUGUCGAGAGAAAGAGGGCCAAGAACACCGCCGCCGCUCGCAAGUCCCGCCAGAAGAAGGUCGACAACGAGGCGGAGCUCGGAGCCCAGAUCAAGCAGCUUCAACUCGAGAAGCAGGAGCUCCGUAUGGCGCUCGUGGCCAUGCACAAGCAGCUCAACAUUGCUCGUGGUUUGCCCGCUAAUGCAGGCAUUGCCGAAACCUACGGUACUGCCUUCCAGUCCUAG